CUUUUCGUUGCUCUGAAAAUCCCUAGAACCCCUUUCGAAAUCCCUAAACCCCUUUCGAACAAAAUGCACUCACCUGUACACGAGGCACCUCUCUUCAGCUUCUUUUCGUUGCUCUGAAUUCCUAGAACCCUUUCGAGGCACCUCUCUUCUUCUCGUUGCUCUGAAGCCGGCUAUCUUUGGCAAAGGCGGAGACCUGAGUUGCUGCUCUGUGGCCGCUGAUUCGGUGUCGAUUGGAGAGAACUAGGUCAUUGACGAAUAACUCCUCGCCUUCUCCUACUCCAUAUUCUGUUCUGAACUUGCCGCCUUUGUUCAAUGGAAUCUCAGGCAAGUUGGGUUUGUGUUUGGGUCGUCAUUUGGGAGAUUCUUCUGCUCGGCUCGUGGAUAGAACAGAAAACAGAUAUCUCGCCAUUAAAGCAGGAAACCCACUCCAGGGGAGCUUUGAACUUGGGUCAUUAGUGAAGGACAGUGAGAUACUAUUAUCACAAAAUGUUUCAUCUAGUGCUGCUCGUCCUAGAAGUGGGCACUCCAAAAGCACCAGUAUUCCGCCUAGGCCUCCUGCAACGUCUUCCUCCACUUUUGCACCAUCUUCCGGUACCACCACAGUACCCAAUGCUCAAACAGAAGGUGGGGGGGACAACAUCGAAAAAAAGGAAAGACAGAUAUGAUGUUUGGAGACAUUUCACACACUUGGAGAUGGAUGGAGUGAAAAAAGCUCGAUGCAAUUACUGCAAUAGUGCUCUUGUAGCUAACGGGACAUCUACUCUAUGGACCCACAAGGAUAAUUGUUUGGCAAAGAUAGCAAGGGGUGAUCUUGUAGUCGAGCUUCCGUCAUCUUUUGAAGGCCAGGUACACACUCUUGGUUCUUGGCAAUUUAAUCAGACUGAUGCUAGGAGAGCUUUAGCGGAGAUGAUAAUUCUAGAUGAAUUACCAUUUAGAUACGUUGAACAUGAAGGGUUCAAACGCUUUAUGUCCCGUGUUUGUCCUAUGUUUGUGCUGCCUAGCCGACAAACUGUUAGAGAAGAUUGCAUCAAGGUGUUUUAUGAAAACAGAGAUGUGUUAAAGGAUUAUUUCAAAGCUAAAUGUUUGGGGAUGGUAUCUCUCACAACUGAUUGUUGGACGUCUUUGUCCAAUCUCAAAUACAUGUGUGUUACUGCAUAUUUCAUCGGUAGGGAUUGGAAGCUGUAUAAGAAAAUUAUCAACUUUGUUCAGAUAACAAAACAUUCUGGAAAUGAAAUUGGAAAACAGUUGGCUAUUUGUUUGGUGGACUGAGGCAUUAGGAAGGCCUUUUGUAUCACAAUGGAAAAUGCUAGUGUUAACGAUGUGGUUGCUAUCCAUAUGAAGCAACAGUUGAAAGAGUGGGGAUAAGAUAUUGUGGAUGGAAAGUAUCUGCAGAUGAGGUGUGUGGCUCAGAUUAUUAAUUUAGCUGUGAAGGAUGGGCUUAAAGAAACUGGUAUAUCUGUUGAGCGAGUGAGAGAGUCUGUGAAGUGGGUUAAAUCUACACCAACUAGGAGCAGAAAAUUCAAAGAUUGCAUUGAGUUUGAAAAGAUAGUGUCAAAGAAAUUUGUUUCGUUGGAUGUAGCUACAAGGUGGAACUCAACGUAUCUGAUGUUGGAAUCUGCAAAGCCAUUUGAGAAAGCAUUUCAGACAUUAGCCAGAAAUGAGAAGAAAUUCAAGAAACAUCUCAAUGAAAAAAAAUAUGGAAAGCAAAGCCUUGGUAUCCCAACUUCUAAUGAUUGGUCAAGUGUCAGACGGUUGAUUAGUUACCUGAAGCUCUUCUAUGAUGUGACUGUUCGAGUUUCCGGGACUUCAUAUUUAACUUUACACCUCUUAUUUGAUGAGAUAUGUGAAAUGUAUACUACGAUUUCUGAGUGGGUUGAUAGUAUUGAUUUUGAGGUGGGUUGCAUGGCUGAGAGAAUCAAGUCCAAACUUGCCAAGUAUUGGUUUGAAGAAGAGUGGGAGAAUUCCAACAAGCAUUCAGUACAGGAGGUCGAGUUUUAGAUUCGUUUAGGACCUCCUUAUCCCCUGAAGUUGUGGAGGCUUUGAUUUGCUGUGAAGAUUGGAUAAGAUCUUCUGACUCUGAGUUGGUGGCUGAUGGAGAAGAUGAGGGUGAUGAAGUUGAAUUUCAGAAUGUAUUUGUAGCUUUUCAAACUCGAAGUGCAAGUGCACCUGCAGAACCUAGUGGAAGCUCACAUUCUGCCCAUGUUCUGAUCUCGAGUCCUACUGGGUCACAAGUCCAAGAAGAUUAUUUUGAUGAGGAUUCUGAUGGGAAUGAUGAGACUUGUGUGGAUGUAGAGUCUGAUAAGGUGGAGUGAUGUUAAUUUCUAAUUUAUUUUAGACAAAUACAAUUAUUUACUUCUAUAUGUUCUUAUCAAUAUUGUUACUCAAAGUUGACAUUGUGGAUGUUAUUAGUCUUAAAUGUAUUACUGGAAGGAUAAAAUGUUGGUAAUACCAUUUGUAGUAUAAUGUUAUUAGGUGACAACUUAUAUAAAAGCAACCAACAUGGGACAUAAAUACGAG